CCUGGGAGGGGCCUGCGCGCCCUGGGCGUGGUCUGCACGCUGGGCGGAGCCUGCGUGUCCUGGGCAGAGUUCUCACGCCCCGGGCAGGGCCUAUAGGACCGGAGCCUGGAUAAUCUUUUCCGGGGUGGGAUCAGACCACAUUGGGCGGGGCCUUCGCCCCUGGGGCGGGGCCUGUGAGUCCUUGCACAGCUCCCGGCUUACAAAGGCGGGCUAGUGUCUGAGAGGUAAGCAGCUAGCUGCAGCCAAGGCACUGGAGACACCAACCUCAGAGACAAAAAUUGUCUACAACCCGUGGAUGGUACCAUGUCCCUUGAUAUGAAAGAGCACCCUGAUGCUGAGGUACAAAAGAACCAAGUACUAACCCUGGAAGACUGGAAAGAGAAGUGGGUGACCCGUCACAUCUCAUUCCAUCAGGAGCAAGGGCAUCAGCUGUUGAAGAAGCAUUUGGAUACAUUUCUUAAAGGCCAGAGUGGACUGCGAGUGUUUUUCCCCCUCUGUGGAAAAGCCGUUGAGAUGAAAUGUUAAUAGAUGAGAGGAGCAUCACGUGAUCAUCACUGUUGCGCGCCUGCGAUUCCAUCCGAAGAUGACGAUGUCAGGUUCGCAGAUCGGGGCCACACUGUAGUUGGUGUGGAAAUCAGUGAAAUUGGGAUUCGGGAAUUUUUUGCAGAACAGAAUCUUUCCUACACAGAAGAACCGCUCGCCGAAAUUGCUGGAGCCAAAGUAUUUAAGAGUUCUUCAGGGAGCAUUUCCUUAUACUGCUGCAGCAUAUUUGAUCUUCCUAGAGCAAACAUUGGCAAGUUUGACAGGAUUUGGGAUAGAGGAGCAUUAGUGGCUAUCAAUCCAGGCGAUCAUGAUCGCUAUGCAGAUAUAAUACUGUCCCUACUGAGAAAAGAGUUUCAGUACCUUGUGGCUGUCCUUUCUUAUGAUCCAACAAAACACGCAGGCCCACCAUUUUAUGUUCCAUCUGCUGAACUUAAAAGGUUAUUUGGUACAAAAUGCAGCAUGCAAUGCCUUGAAGAGGUAGAUGCUUUGGAAGAAAGGCAUAAAGCCUGGGGUCUUGACUACCUUUUUGAAAAAUUGUAUCUCCUUACAGAGAAGUAAAAAACCAGCCUGGUAGUGGAGCACACCUUUUAUCUCAGCAGGCUAGCCUGGUCUACCAGUGAGUUCCAAGACAGCCAGAGAGACCCUAUCUGGAAAAACCAAAUAGAAAACCAACCAAACAAACAAAAAACACCCAAUCAAUCCCUGUAUGAGUUUUUUGAACAAUUAAAAAUUAUGUUGAGGGUUAAUGUAUUAGCCAUGGUUUCUGUUCCUGCACAAAACAUCAUAAUCAAGAAGAAAGUUGUCACACAGCAGCUUCACACCAGAGUCUUCUAGAAUGUUCUCUGAAACGUUUAGGCAACUCAGGUUCUGAUUGUUCCUGAGGAUGUCAGCCAGGUCCUAGCAGCCUCCAGUGAUGAGACAGGCUCUCACCCUUAGUGACACAAGUGCACUGUCUGAGCCAUACACUCGCCGGCUGCUUCUCCAUGUCCUUGUCAUGCAGCUCCGACUCCUGUUUGGUGACAUCCCAUCCCAUCCCCUCUAAGCUGUCAGUGCUAAAUAGUUUUGCAGGUUGGGAUGGGAUCUCCUCUGUGGGAGCUGAGGGACUGGGCUGCUCUCUGGAGAUCAGCCCAGCUAGGCUUGCUGUCUUCAGUUGCUUCACAUCUUGAGAGCAGAAGUAGAAGAUGUGGGAGAAUUUGCUCUGAAACGCCAGGCCUUCUGACCAGACAGGCGUUCAAUUUUUCAACAUAAUAGUCUUGCCGAUUCCAGCCCACGUGUGGCUUCUUUUCAGUUCCCUUUGGUACAAGAAGGUUCUCAAGAUGAUUAUAUUCAUCCUCGAAAAAAUUCUGAAGGCUGUUAUGGAACUUUCUGGAAAAAUCAUGGGUCAGCUUCUUUAAAUGAGCUUGAUAUAUCAUUGGGUAUGGAGCAAUCUCUCCUGUUGCCCUCUCUCUCUCUUUUAAUUUUUUAAAAAGUAUAUGAGUACACACUGUAACUGUACAGAUAGUUGUGAGCCUUCAUCUGGUUGUUGGGAAUUGACUUUAGGACCUCUGCUCACUCCAGUCAGCCUCCUUGCUCAGGCCCAAAGAUUUAUUAUUAUAAAUAAGUACUCUAUAAUCUGUCUUCAGACAGCACCAGAAGAGGGCAUCAGAUCUCGUUACAGGUGGUUGUGAGCCACCAUGUGGUUGCUGGGAUUUGAACUCAGGACCUUCAGAAGAGCAGUGAGUGCUCUUACUUGCUGAGCCAUCUCUCCAGUCCCCAGUUGCCCUCUCAGUAAGAUCCUUCCCAUUGGUCUUCUGAAGGAUGAGGGUCUUAUAACCCACACCCACAGUGACACACCUACUCCGACAAGGCCACACCUUCUAAUAGUGCCACUCCCUUGGCUGAGCAUAUACAAACCAUCACAGUUAAAAAUACAAUCACUUAAUUUUUCUUCUCAUGCAACAUUCAGAUCUUUGCUCACUACUUUUUAAAAAUGAAAUCACACACUAAAAUGUUAUAAGUCAAUCAAUCCUUUAAAGAUUGUAUGACUGGUAGCAGAACAUUAAAUACUCGUGUGUCUUUUUUAUAGUCAGCGUGUAUUUCUUCUAUAACUAAAAAAAAAACAAAAAAAUAAUGCUUUUAACUUUAAACAACAACACGUUCUGUAUGGAAAUAUAACAUUUUAACAGGAUUUGGGAUAGUCUAAAUUUUGUAUUAAAAAUUAUACUUUGCUAUAGAUCUUAAUCUACUUAGGACCCGGAACUACAUCUUCACCGGCUUCUCCACUUGUAUAAUUCUAUAUGUAACAGAGUCAAGAAAUGUAAAAAAAAAAAAAA